CCAUGUUAGUUUUUUGUAUUAUAAUUACAUGGUUAUUAAUGAUAUCAUGGUGCGGCGGAUUGUCUUCUCAGAUUAGCUGCAUGUGUUGACUCGGUUAUUUUUGCAUUAGGACUAAAAUGGAAGUACAUAUUGCAAUGAUGUAAACAGAGCCAAAUAAACCUAUAUAACUACCUGCAGCCAAAAUGGUGGACCAUUUUGAGAGUGUUUCUGACAGCGAGAUCGACUUGAACAGGGAUGUGUUUACUGACACACCGGUUCGAAUUCCCCGCCGAACAUGUAAAUCGAUGGUUCGGCGAUCCUCGGUUGGUUGGUUCGGCUCUAAUGGCUCGGCCAAUCAGGAGUCCCGAUACGUAGCAGUGCAAAAGAUUAUUGACUUGAUUAAAGCGCCUUCGGUACAAACGUAUACUACGAUUAAGAAAAAGAUUGACAAGACCAAAAAUGAACCGGGUUGGAUUUUAGAAUUUUUACAUAAAGAUGGUUUGGAAUUAUUGUUCGAAAGUUUGGAGCAAUUAUGUACUUCACCUCAAACGGAUAAUUUUCUAAAUGUGAUUUUGCAAGCCUCUUGUGCCGAUUGCGUUCGAACAGUUAUGGAUUCGACGCUAAGUUUGGAUUAUAUUGUAGAUAAUACGGAAUUUACCAGGAAAUUAGCCUCGGCCCUGGAUACGGACAAUGUGACGGUAAAGAAGCAGGUGGUCGAGCUCCUCUCCGCACUUUGUGUCUACUCCAAGGAUGGCUACGCCCGAGCACUGGAAGCCAUCGACCAUUACAAGACGACACGGAAGCAAAAGUACCGGUUCAGCGUGCUCGUGGAGGAACUACGUCACACUGAGAGCCUCGGUCUAAAGACGACAAUCCUCGAGUUCAUCAACUGUAUUAUCAUCUACACGGAUCGACUCUCCGAACGAAUUCGCAUCAGGAAUGAGUUCUACGGUCUCCGACUCCAGGAAGUUCUUAACCAGUUGAAGCCUCUUGGUGAGAAAGACGGAAACCUGCAGACCCAGCUUGAUGUGUUUGAGGAACACAAGGAAAACGACGAGGAGCAACUUCCGGGCGCCAAGGGUAUCGACCUUAACAGUCCGCUGGACGUAUUCCACGCCAUAUAUAAGCAGGUGUGCGAUACCCCACACGACAUCCAUUUUUUGACGGUCCUACAGCAUCUUUUAAAAAUUGACGCCGGUGAGUCAAACGCCGAGCUGAUAUGGACGACAGUGGAGUCACUGACCAGUAAAGCAACUGGUAUUGAGUCCAGCGAGGAUUCAAAAAAACUACUUCAGUCUUUCACAAAGAGAUUAGACUCUGUAUCAAACGAGAGCAAAUGUUCAUGUUCGUGUCACACGGACGGCGAGCGCCAUAGACUGACGUCACCUCGGAGAUCUAGUUCCGUUGUUCAGGAUGGUGAUGGCAAAAAGAUGACGUCACCAGCGCCCACACCUGGUGUCACAAACACAGCUCCUCCACCGCCACCACCGCCGCCGGCGCCUGCGAUGGGCGCACCACCUCCCCCUCCGCCGCCAUUUUCUGGUGCCGCGCCGCCUCCGCCACCUCCCCCAGUUCCGGGAAUUGGACUUCCGCCUCCACCCCCUCCACCGGGGGGCGGCGGCGGGCUAUUCGGCUUCAGGCAACAGAAGAAACUUCCGCAACAAAAUAUACCAAAACCAAAGUCCAAAAUGAGAACUUUGCAGUGGCAAAAGAUUCCUGUAAAUAAAGUGAUGGGUAAAGAUAAUGUAUGGACAUUGACAUCUCAGAUGUUCAACGGAUAUGUAAAUAAAAUGGAUUAUGAACAGAUUGAGGAUUUAUUCGGUGUAAAUAAGCCCAAGCCUCAGCAAGGAUCAGAGUCCAAUGACGUCACAAAUUCUGAGAAGAAAAAGAAAGACUCAGCUGAGGUGAACUUACUGGAUGGCAAAAGAAGUCUCAACGUGAAUAUCUUCCUGAAACAGUUUCGCAUGAGUAACGACGAGAUCGUGAGACUACUACAGGAAGGACAAAGCGAUCUGAUUGGCGCCGAGAAGCUCCGAAACCUCCUCAAGAUACUUCCGUCACAGGAGGAGGUGGACCUAUUUCGAAGUUUUGACGGCGACAGGAACAAGUUGGGCAGUGCUGAGAAGUUUUUCAUGUGCCUUAUGGGACUGCCGAAUUACCGGUUGCGGAUCGAGGGUCUGACGAUCAAGGAAGAGUUUGUUGCCAACAUGGAAUACAUCAAGCCCGCCAUAGACUGUGUCAUCGAGGCCGCUAAAGACAUCAAAGAGAACAAAAACCUUCACGAGUUGCUGUACCUCGUCCUGCUGUCUGGAAACUUCCUAAACGCUGGCAACUACGCGGGAGACGCGGCCGGAUUCAAACUCUCGUCCCUUCUUAAGCUGACCGAGAUCAGAGCCAACAAACCAAGGAUGAACCUCAUGCACUACGUUGUCAUGCAAGCAGAUGAGAAGAACCCAUCCCUUCUGAAUUUCCCCGACGAGAUGAAGUACCUUAAAGAGGCCUCAAUUGUUUCUAUCGACACGCUGGCUGGCGACAUCAAAUCCCUCGAUGACAAGGUAGAGGCGAUCGCUCACAAUAUCGACUCCGUUGGAAAAGACUUCAAGAAACAGAUGCAGGAAUUCCUUGCUGGUGCCCGGAAGGACAUGUCGGAGCUGAAAGAAGACCUGAAGGAUAUGGAGAGUCUGCGCCUCGAGUUAUCCGAUUUCUUCUGCGAAGAUGAGCGUACCUUUAAACUCGAAGAGUGUUUCCGGAUCUUCCAGACAUUCUGCGACCGCUUCAACAAGGUCAAACUGGAGAAUUCCCAGCGACGCGAGCACGAGGCUAAAAUGGAAGCGCGGCGGCGGCAACGGGAGGCUGAGAUGCAGCAGCGGACAGAAGGAGAUAGCCCUGACGGGCAGACACCAGGUGACCCUGGGGAUGGCAGCGGCUCUAUCGUUGACAUGCUACUGGCAGACGUUCGUAGCGGCUUCAAGAAAUUCGGAGAGGCGAGUUUCUCCGUCACUAAGGUCCAAAAAAUAAACCUGGGUGGCGGCAAUGUACCGGCAGGAGAGGGUGCGGGAUCCCCGUCCGCAGAUUCCCCGGGAUUUGUGCGCGGCGGAAGCGGAAGGCGUAGUAUACGUGGUUCCAAAACUAAGAAAACUGAGUCAGAGACUAAUGAUAACGAUGACCUUAGUGAAGCUGGUUCUCGUAAGAGUUACGCGGUGGACACUGAUGACACAUUGUUUGACAUUUUAAUGCAGUCUGAUAAGGAUGGUGAUAAGGGUAGCCCAGUUGCUGACGGUAGUUUUACCAGAAUGGGCAGUCUCCGACGUAAACGUCAGGACAGGCGCCAACUACGUAAUGAUAAUCUCAGCGUUGCUCGUGAGCGCGAACGUGCACCGUCGCCUAACUUAGAGGCGCAAAACAAAGAAGUUAUAGACAUGAAAGAAAGGCCAAAAUCUGACAUUUUAGAUGAAAACUUCGAUUACAAAUUGGGGUCUUUGACUUCGAAUGUUCGAAGGAGUAGGAGCAUGUAUGAUCGUACAACGACAUCAGAUGCUGUUUCAAAUAGGAUGUAUGAUCCAAAUAAUAACAAAAGCGAAGACAAUUUGUUAAUUGAAAGUUCGAAUUCUCCAGGAUUCAGAUCUGAUGAUCCCCAAAGACGAUCUGCAAGAUGGAGAAAUGAAUUACCCGAUGUAAAGGGUUUGCCAAUUAUAGAUGAGAAGGCUAGGUUAGAUACGCCUUCUAAAGAGGUUGAUAUUCAAUCAAGAUUUCAGAAAGCAAGUGGUAAUGAACUCUUUACAAAAGAUGAUUCAUAUGCUGAAAAGGAAAAGAAAAACAAAGAGAAACUAUCGAGGAGAUUUAGUUCCAGUUCUCUUGAUCGUAAAGAAAUUACACGUGUUCUAGAAACUGCUGAGGAUGUUAAACUUAGAACUGACGAGCAUAAUGAGCACACAAUUCAACGUUCUCGUGUUGGAAAGAGAUGGCACAGUGAACUGGAUAAAACUGACAUUGAUAAGGUCCUAAAAGCUAUAGAAGAGACUGGUAAACAGAUAGAUGAAAUAGUGAAAGUUGAAUCACCAACACAUAAACAACCAAAAGAGACUGUAACAGCUUCUGUGUCAACUUCUAACAUAAAUAAAGAGAUAGAUACCAAAGUUGUUCCUCAGGGCGAUCCUAAUGAGCCUGAGCAAUUGAAAGUAAAACGAGAAAAACGGAAGAAAAGGUCAGUGCUGUCAAUGGAAGACAUUCACGCAGCUUUUACCAAAACUAAACCAACUGGUACCAAAGAGGAGUUUGUCUCUGUAAAUUCCGAAAACAAAGAGAAUCGUGAAGUGCCUCCGAAGUCACCUAACUCACCGAAAUCACCAAUUGUGCCUCCACGAAGGUCGCGUAGAAAUAGCGAUGGUUCUAUGGAAAAGAUUGCAAUUCCCGAAAAUGACUUGCAAUCUGAACAAAUUGCUGCAGAUAAAGAAGCAAUGAGUAGAGCAGCAAAACUUGCAGGCAAGAAACGUUUCAGGGACCAAAGAUUUGGUGAGAAAGAAACUCCAGCCCAGAAAGCAAUGCUUGAACACUCUCAGGGUAGAUGGAAAAGCAAUGUUGAGAAAGAAAGUAUAGAUGAAGCAUUUAAAGACUUUAUGAAUAAGAACAAUAUGAGUAGAUCAAAAUCUUACGAUGAAGCUGUCGCUCGAAAAGCUAUGUGUGAUGAAGGCGAUAGUAUGUUGGUUACCGGCGAUAAGCGAAAUUCACUGAGAAUAAGUGCAGGAAAAAUUUACAAUGACGAUAGACGCAAUGGUAAAAUAUUUGCCGACGACAGUGACAGUGAAAGUACGUUACAAAUGUCAAACUCUCCUAGAAGGCCAUCAAGCACAGCUAGUACAAGAAGUGAUAGUCCAAAAAGCUCAAGAUUGUCUAUCAAAUCUACAAACACUUCAACUGAAACGUUACGUGAAACUGGGAGUGAUACAGAAAACUCGCCUGAAUCUAAACGAAAGAAUUCUGUUGCAAAAGGACUAUCGGACAAAGUUCGUGAAUCGCAGACACCUUCGCCAUCCUUCGCAAACAGGUUGUCAGAAAACAGGCCAGAAACUCCAUCUACCAUCAACUAUCUCAUUUCAAAUAAAGAUGAAAAUUCGUUGAUGCAAUUCGAAUCAAGGGUUGCCUUUGAUGAAAACGACGAUCUCCCGCAGGCGCGGAUGUUAAAGUGGCGAAAGAAACGUGCCGAUGAGAAACGACGCCAAAGCUUUUAUGACAAUGUCCCGAGCACGCAUAAUAUCGAAUCAGGGAACCUGUCUCCCAGAACUGAUAUCAAAGGUGAAGGUAUGAUCAACAGUCCACGAUCCGAAGCCUCCUCGCACGGGUCUCUGCCAAUCGUCCACAAACUCCAGGGUAGCAACGAACUGCAAAACGAGAUAGGUUCUCGAUGCAGCUACGCCAGUAGUUCUGACAGUGCCAGCAAGGAUGAAGGAUUUGAAACUAUGUCGGGUACUGUUUCUCAGAGAACCUCCCUCAGCAGUACUCUAGAAUCCGUUGAUAUCCCCAGUCUAGCCAGAAAAACGGAGCCUAUGAGUAAGCUACAGAUUAAUGAAAAUAUAAUUGCCGCAGGUGCGAGAGCUGUUAUUGAUACAAAGAAGGAGCGAACUGAAUCGUGGACAGAAGCGGUAGCGGUCGGUAUGGUAAAUAAGGACGGCUCCUUGGAUUCAUCAAUGGAAUUUUCAGUAACUUCACCAGACAGCGGACACGCUUCGAUGAGAGAUGAGUCUUGGCAGGAGUCCGAUCUCGAAUCCACAAUUAAAAGUCGGGGAUCGGCAGACUCUAGGCCAAUGUCGCCGGCCUCUGUUCAUAGCGUCGGAAAGAAGGAAAAGAAGGUCCCAAGCUACAUGAGAGGAACUGCUUGCAGCUCUAAGAAGAGCGAUACAGUGGAUAAGGAGGCCGAAAAGAGAAGGAGCGGGUCCACAAGCGGGUCCUCUGUCUCAAGGACAAACCGUCUCUCGAAAGGUUCGAGCAAUCAGAGUCUGAGCAGAGCUAGAACCGGUUCCAACACCAGCAUCGUCUCAGUCGCUAGCAACGCUUCCGAAACAAGCGGUUCAACUUCUCCGGUGAAGAAACGCCAAUCUCACGGGACGCCAAGAGAACGCCCAUCAUCGAUUCACUCGUCAAUGCCUGGGUCAAGGUCUACCACACCGCUUCCUUCAACGGCGCGGGCGCAGACACCGACGAACCGCAUGGCUUCUAAACCAGCCACUCAUGCCACUUCAACUAUUGGUGCAAGAAACUCAACACCUAGAGCGACCGCGACGGCCACAACAAGGACAACAAAGUCUCGACACGCGCCGACCCCUCCUACCGGCCGGACCACACCGACGCCGACGACACCAGGCAGGACGACGCCUGGGAGGACUACUCCUGGGAGGACGACGCCUGUCUCUGCGGGGCGCGCCACAACGCCGAAUCAUACCAGGACGAGAUCCAUUACACCUGUAAACGGGCACACACCAACAUCCUCUUUUCGGUCAAAAACGCCGACUAUAGAGGAAGAAGUGGAAACGGACCCGGAUGCACCAUCAAGACUUAGACGAACACAGUCUAUGCGGGUCAAGACGGGAGCUCCUCGGCCAUCUUUCGGUAACAAAACUCCUGUUAGCAAAGAGGCUCCGGCUAAGACGUCAACUCCACGGCGUUCUUUUAUGAGUCCAACUGCUUCUUCGAAGGCGCGCAUUGAUAAAGUUAAGGCCGAGGAGAGUUCCCCGCCACCCACUCCCCCACCUCGCAGAUCCAAAGACACAGACUCCCUACCGAGCAAGUCUGACGCUACUCCGUCGCCACUGAAGCGUCACGCUAGCUUACGUCUUCCUGGAAGAACUGCGAACAAAACUGGGCGAGAGCAAGAAAAAUCGCCCGACAAUAAACUCAAGGGCUUCAUUCAGAAGAUAGGGGGUAGUGGAGGUAAAAUAAGACCCGUAUCGGACUGUACUGGGAAGCUUGCCCCGGUCGAUGAGAAAGGUGAAAAGGACGGGAUCGACGAAACGUCGCCGAAAGAUGGCGGAAAGUCGCCUUCGUUGCGAAGGAUCCUUGGACUCAAAGGCAAGGAUAAAACUGUCCGGAAGUCAACUGACUCACUGAAGAGCGAUACUUCAGAUAAGAAACGCAAGCCAAGUAAAUGAACUUUCGAUUAGACUUCCGGUGGGGCAAUAUCAACGCGGAUAUUUCGCAUGAUGCACAGAACUACCGAUAGUUCUUUGUCGAUGGACGUCUUAGAAAACAAUGGCCUGUUGCUAAUAUUAUGUCAUUGAUUUGAAAAAAAGGCGUUGACACAAAAAAGGAAUGGACAGAAAUGUUAAUUGGGGAUGUAUUGAAGUACAUCAGCAACACUAAGAGCAGUAACUGUGAUAUAAGUGCGAUUUUGAAAAAUGUUUACCAGAUUGUAAAGACAGUUGUAAAAAUGCGCUUUGAAAUAAUACUGUUUGCAAAUGAACUUAUCAUUUCAAGUCUUUGAUACGUUGGAUUGUCGUGGCUUAAAGUCCGCCAAAAUCCGACAAAUGGAUUUCAAAUCAAGUGUAACAUCUAUAGACUGUCAAUCGACUUCAUACAUGAAAUGAAACUGACUGCAAUCGUCAGCGAUAUGGCAUAUACGUUGACGUAUCACCAUGAACUAACUACUAAACAGGCGGGCGCGUACCCCCGCUAAGCAUCCAUACAAGUUCAAUUUGCAUUUGUUUUACAUCAACCGACCAAUUAAAUCAUAGCUUUAAAUUACAUUUACAACAACAACACGGCUAGAAACGACGCUCUUUGAAGCGCCGAAACCACUUUUGGUGCGGUACAAAUUGACUGUAUCUUCGUUGCAAAAUGACUAUGUGAACUUGACUAUUAACAUGUUGACGAGUACACUUUGCUAGGUUCAUUUGCAAACUUUAGUCUCAGUACAUGUAGCUUAAUGUGAUAUUACAUUUUGCUUCUUCUUUAUUGUUAAUUUACUCAGUUUGCAAACCGAUAGUGACUUAUUGUUUCUAUAGAAACGUGUAACAAAUGUAGGGUAUGUUUUAGAAACUAUGACACAAUGAUCAUUGAACUAUGUUUAAUGAAUACUGAGAUAUUGAUGUCUCAAAUUAGAUAGAUGCCAGAUAAUUGUAGGCUUCAUUGUAGAAUGUCCAUAUUUCGACUUAUCCAUUUUCACUGGAUCCGUGAUUUAGCUGCACAAUGUACAAAUUGCUUCUUAGUGUAGUAUCAAUACUAUGGUGUACACAUAUGCCCAUAGAUUAGCAACUAUUUGUUUAACCUUUUAAAUUAAAUUUCAUUAUUUUUGUGAUAAAUAGUGAAUGUUACACAUGCCUUUAAAGUCCGCUUCAAAUAUAUUCUGUAAAAGGCUUAAAAAUGUAGGAUACAAAUUGAUAUUAUGUUAUGAAUUAGUAAAAUUCACAGAUCACCGGUAAAUACCGGUUGAUUUAUAUUUAAUAUUAACCGGUUAACAGUUUUAUUGUAUACAUACGCUUAUUUGGUCCUAGGUUAACAGUUUUACUGUAUACAUUCGCUUAUUUGGUCCUAGUCCAUUUUCAUUGGUCAAUGAUAUGGAUGUGUAAUUAACUAAUUAUGGACUGGAAGCUUAAUGUUAUGAUAAGACUGUUAGGUGAAAUUUACAUUGCUAAAAGUAGUACUAGAACAUACACGUCGUUCAGAUGUAAAGCACAACUCACAAAACUGAACUGUAAAUUUGUUUUGAUUGCUAUGAUAAUAUUCAGUAUGAUGUAAUAAAUUUCUUGUUUUAUUUAUUACUUUUGUUACCCGUUGCCAUGUUUUAUUUUUUGUAUUUUUAUAUUCUUUGUAAAUACUGUUUCCUGUACAUUGCUUAGGAUAUAUUUCUGCGGCGUGUAUUCUAUGCCCGAGUACCACGUUUAUAAUGAUAUUACUAGUAUAUACUAUCUCAAUUAUUCAUAAUGAUCAAUAGCAUAUCCGCAUCUGACAAGAAAAAAAUACAUGUUUAACUGUUUAUUAAUAUGUGAAAAUGUGUAUUAAAAUGUAACAUGCUUGAUUCAUGACAAAGUAUUCGUUAUAAAUGUCAUAAUAAACAUUAAAUCAUCA